CUUCCCCGCACUCUCUAUUUUCCCAAUUCAAUCGUCGUGGCCGUCCCUAUACAAAGCGAAACAAGAUGCCCUUUUCUAACAGAGGCACAAUGGAGCUAUUCUCGAGAGUCAAGAAGAAGCUGCGCCCUUCGCAUGUAGAUGCCGAACCAGUGACUCCAACAGCCCAAGACUCGGCCGAGUCGGCCCUACCGAUAAACUCUUCGGCUCAGCCACCAGAGAGUCAACCAACAACGACCUUGUCACCUCCUGAUCUACCAAUCCUCUCUCUAUCUCAGCCCGGAUCCAUUUCUGUUUCCCAAUCGACGCCUCCCUCAGCGCCACUACCAACAAUCAAUCAGGCAACCUCUCCUUCAUCAAUACACGAGUCGGAUUCUCCACCACUGAGCGUGCCCGAGCGAUUGUGGACUAAAGCCUACGAUAGCAUCAAAGAAAAGGAACCCAACAGAGUAAAGGCAUACGAGGAAAUCAUUGAAAAUAUUAAGAACGAAUGGGGGAAUAUACCUGAGAAUGAGAUGGAGGACUUGGAACAUUGCAAAACCGAUAAGUCACGUCAGAUGUGGAUGGUAGUGUACAUGGGCUUGGAGAGGUCUAAGAAGAUGGCCCACUACAAAGAAAUUGUUUCAAACAAUAUCGGCAUUAUAGGGAAUCUCAAAGGGGUGAUUGAUCAAGCUGUUAAGGCCUCGCCUGAGGCUGGCGUUGCUUGGGCUGGCAUAUCCGUCGGGCUGGAGAUCUUUGCAAAUCCAAUGAAAGAACCAGGCCUGAAUCGACAGGGCAUCACUUACGUUUUGUCACGAAUGGAGUGGUACUGGAAUUUGGCCAAUAUCAUUCUUGGUGCAGAGAGGGUGAAUGCCAAUGCGUCUGUCCUGAAAUCCAAACUCGACAGUCAAGUUGUUGAGUUUUAUAAGAAGCUAUUGCUAUUCCAGAUUCACAGCGCCUGUCUUUAUUACCGGAACUGGGCAUCUGUCCUGCUCAGGGAUACACUCAAGCUGGAUGACUGGGCCGAAAAGCUGAAGGACGUCAAGGACGCCGAGAGCAAUCUUCGACAGGACUUUGAGCAGUAUAACACAGAAGAGAUAAAGCUAUGGCUUAGUGGAAUCGCCAAUACUGCUAAAUCUCAAGAAGCAUUACUUGAGAACAUCUGUGCUACCAUUCAGCAAGAAGCUCGAGCACGAGAAAGGAGAGAGCAAGAGGAGCGGGAUACCAAAAACAUGGAGUGCUUCGCUGCAUUUCAACUAACGGAUCCUCAACUGGACAAAAUCGAGAUUCAAAAAAGGAAAGGGGCUCCACUAUGGGACUCUUACAGUUGGGUGUUGCAACAUGAUGCCUAUAACAAACUGGAUGAUUCAUCAAGCCGAGUCUUAUGGAUCAACGGCGAGCCUGGCAAGGGAAAGACAAUGCUGCUGUGCGGCAUCAUUGAUGAAUUGAAAAAGUCUCUGAGACCUGUAUCCUACUUUUUCUGUCAAGUGACAGACGAAGACUUGUCCAAUGAUACGGCUGUCAUGCGCGGCCUUAUCUACGUCCUUCUCGAUCAGCAGCCGUCGUUAAUAUCGGAAGUUCGUCCCUACUAUGACAAGAGGAAAGACAAACUUUUCAGCGGAAAGAACAGCAAUGUGUUGCUCAGUGAGAUUCUGACUAAACUAUUGCAAGACCCAAGCAUGCAAAAUGCAGUGCUGGUUGUGGACGCCCUCGAUGAAUGCAAGUCUGGGAGGGAUAGACUUAUCACGCUCAUCGGUGAUCUUUCGCGCUCAUGCAGCGCCAGGUGGAUUAUCUCAAGUCGCAACUGGCCUGAAAUAGCACGAGGACUUAGAGAUACACAAGGACUAGUUCCCCUCGAACUCGAGAAUAACACGGAAUUGGUAGCCGGCGCUGUCCAGGCAUAUAUUCGGACCAGGGUAGACCACCUUGGAAAGAACUGGGAUAACGAUACCAACCUGAAGAGAGAGGUGUUUGAGUCCAUGGUGUCUCGGGCAGAUAACACAUUUCUCUGGGUCGCCCUAGUCUGUGAAAGCUUAAGCGAUUCGAGAAUCAGCAAAAGGCUAGUGCUUGAAGAGCUUAAGCGAUUUCCGGAGGGACUCAAUGAUCUCUUUAACACUAUGAUGGAUAAAAUCGUCGCAUCACAGGAAGCAGAUCGGCUCAAAAGCAUACUUGCUACAGCCUGUAUCGCAUAUCGGCCUUUGACAUCGAAGGAGAUGAUAAAUCUCGUCGAGUCGAUGACUGGUUAUGAUGAGCAUGAUGUAAAAGACGCGAUCGAGUCAUGUGCGUGUUUUCUAGCUUACCGUGAUGGGGUGAUCUUUUUUGUUCAUCAGUCAGCUAAAGAGUUUCUGUUCGGUCGAGGUAUUGACAAAAUAAUGCCAUCUGGACCACAGAAUCAUCACACCGUCAUAUUUUUCAGAUCUAUGGAGAUCUUGGAAGAUAAACUGCAGCAGGAUGUUUACCAACUAAAGUCUCCGGGAACACUGGCCGAUGAGAUUUCUAAACCUGAUCCCGAUCCACUGCCUCCGAUCAAGUACUUGUGUACUCAUUGGGUGGAUCAUUUCAUAGAUUCGGAUUCUGUGAGCACACAAGAUGAUAAAGUUCUGGCCCAGGCUCUUCACUUCCUCAUGAAAAAGUUUACCUCUUGGUUAGAGGCUACCAGCCUGCUUAGGGUGUUUUCAGUGGCUAUAAAAUCAAUCUUGAAGUUGGAAUCUGCUCUGAGUAACAUUAAGACAACUGAGUUAGCUAGAUUUGUUCAAGAUGCUCGUCGAUUUAUUCUGUAUCACAAAGAGGCCAUCGACACCGCGCCCCUCCAAGUGUAUGCUUCUGCACUUCUAUUCAGCCCAAAAUGUAGCAAAAUACGAAACCAGUUCCAUCGGCAAACUCCCAAAUGGGUUGUGACUGGUCCAGAGAUGCAGGAUAACUGGGAGGCCCUCGUUCGAACGACACAUAUCAUCGAAAUCGAAUCCUCAAUUGUUUCCCAUUCUCUAGAUGGCAAAUUUCUGGCUUCAGUCUGUAAGAUGAAGGCAGUAGUCUACGAUACAAUGUCGGGAGAUUGCAUGUUUUCCAUCAACAGAGAUUUCAGCCAAGCAACAUCAGUCGCCUUUUCCCCACUUGCCAGCCACCUAGCUGUUGGUAGUACAGAUAAAGUCGAGAUCUUUGACCUUGGGACAAGGACAGUGGACUGCAUAGCAAAGCUUGACGUCAGGGCUGACUUGGUUGUAUUCUUGCCUGUUGAUAAGCAACUGGCAACUCUUGAAAACGAUGAAGAGCUAUGCUGGAAUAUUUGGAACUGGAAUACUGGCGAACAUCUCCAGAGCAUCGUGGACCCCAACGAAUUCUAUGUAGAAGCCACAUUCUUACCACAUGGUAGGAUGAUAACAGUGUCUGAUAACGAGACCGCCAAGGUCUGGAACAUAGCCACCGGUCGUUGCGAACAAGCCCUGGAAGGUCACAGUGACCAAAUAGUGUCAGUGGCCUGCUCAUCGGAUGGAAAGCGGCUUGCAACAGGGUCCUGGGAUUGCACUGUCAAGGUUUGGCAUACGUCCGUCAUGGGUGAUUGGAUCUGUGAGAGAACUCUUUACCACGAGAAUGCGGUGCAUGCCGUUUUAAUUUCACCUGAUGGUCGUAUCCUUGUUUCCGCCGAUUGGGAUCACUGUAUCAAAAUAUGGAAUGAUGCAGGGAUAUGGGUUAAGACUCUGAAUGGUCAUAUCAAGGGGCUGAACGGUUUAUCUUUACAUGAAAACGGACAGUGGCUCGUUUCAAGCACCAAGGCAGGCUAUAUGAUGCUGUGGGAUAUCUCUCCUGCUUAUUCAAGUUCAGCUUCUCAGGAACCUUGCGGAAAAAGUGGACAAGAACCCCCAUGCCAAUCUACCCAAUUUUUCGAUGGCGACACACGUCUUAUUGAGAGGCUCUCCUUUUCUCCACAGGGGGAGAUGAUAGUAGCGCAUUUGAAAAUGGGCAGAUCCAAAAUUUGGAAUGUGGCAUCAGGAUCUUGCGUCGCCUUUUGCGAGCGACCACGUCGAUCCCAUUCCCUUCCUAUUUUUGACUGGAUUACCUUCGCCCGCAAUGAUCGACUAAUUGGAAUGCCGGUUGGGCAAAACAAGGCUGUCAUCUGGGACCUGGAUACAAACGCACGAACUUACCUAUUUACGAACGUUCCUCGCGCAUACCGACUCAUGCAUCUUGCUCUUUCCCCUGACGGAAGAUAUGCCGCAACUGGCGGACGUAGUGCAAUACUAAACUCCAGGAUAGAAAUUUGGGAUCUUACGGGAACCGAGCUUAUAAAACGGCCUACAUCAUUGGUGGAUCGUUUCGAUGUUCUCCUCUUCUCAAAUGAUUCGAAGUUUCUUACAAAUUUUGGAACAAGCUUGCGGGACACAACCUGGGAAGUAGACUUUGAAGCCCCUGUUGAAGGCGAAGAUGAAAUUCAAGGAGUACGUAUGGAUGUGUCCAGAGACCUACAGCGAAAUUUGCUUUGCAGAGCUUCAGAAUAUUUCCCCAGGAUAUCAGUUGAGAUGGGCGUUCCUGUUCACAGUUGCUUGAGUCUAGAAAAUGCCUCCCUGCAUAGUAACACUGGUUCCCAUGUCGUCACUUGGCUUGGCAUUCUGGAUGCUCACAAGCUCCAAGAAGGAGAGGAGGACCGCGUUGGAUGGGGGUUAAGUGUUGAUAUGCGAUGGGUUAUGAGAGGGAAUGAACGCAUACUUUGGAUUCCUGUCGAUUUACCAGUAGCUAUCGAUGCUGUGCAUUCCAGGGUUGCAAUUGGUCUGCCAUCAGGCCGCAUAACCAUGAUGGAGCUUGCUUGAGACAGCGGUUUCGUGGAACCAGGAAAAGAUUGAAAUCCCAACUGUCAGGUUUUAUUUUACAUAGUGGCUUUUCGGAAGUCCUCCUCAAUGCUCAUCAUCAGUCCAUUUCAAUGAUCAUUUAAUAUAAGAGCAUUCAAAGUCAA